UUUCGCACUCUCGAUACGGCGCGACGGUGGACAGGGACCGCGGGCAAAGCGAGCGGCGGGUUCAUCGAGGAGCAGAAAACGAAAAAAAAAAAAAAAAAAAAUCGCACCGCAACCAUUUAGUCGAGUUUACAAUCCACAUUUGGCACAACGACGCGAGGAUUAUAGUUUUUGAGCGGUCCGUUCAGAUCAGGUGAAUGCUGUGGUCGGGUUUCUAGCAACACGACUGGCUAGUAGUAGUACAACAAGGACAGAAAAGGAAGCGCCACCGGCCGGGUUUCUUUUGUAGUAAACUUCAGAUUUUGUUUUUAAUAUCAGGCUCAGGCGUUUAUUAAUAUCUGGAGGUGCGCUUGUUUCUUUCAUACUUUUUUGCUUUAAUACUUGCGUUGCUGCUCGGAAUUACCCGCAUGGUGGAACAUUAAGUUAGCUCGACGGCUAGCCGGAAAACGAGAACGAGGCCACUGCGGCCUAGUCGGGCGGGGAAACCAGGGGCUUGCGUGGACAACUUGCAGGUGCUGUAACUGCCACCCGUCUGUUCCUGUGUCUCACAGCAUCCAGGAUGGAGUGGCAGCCGGAUGAACAGGGACUUCAGCAGGUCCUCCAGCUCCUGAAGGACUCCCAGAGUCCGAACACGGCCACGCAGAGGGCCGUGCAAGAAAAACUGGAGCAGCUGAACCAGUAUCCGGACUUCAACAAUUAUCUCAUCUUUGUCCUCACAAGUCUUAAAUCCGAAGAUGAGCCCACUCGUUCACUCAGCGGUCUGAUUCUGAAGAACAAUGUCAAGGCCCACUACCAGAAUUUUCCCCCACUGGUGGCUGACUUCAUCAAACGGGAGUGUUUGAACAAUAUUGGGGACCCGUCGCCCCUCAUCCGAGCCACGAUCGGUAUUCUGAUCACAACAAUUGCCUCCAAAGGGGAGCUUCAGAUGUGGCCAGAAUUGCUGCCUCAGCUGUGUAAUCUGCUCAACUCGGAGGACUACAACACGUGUGAGGGCUCCUUUGGCGCACUGCAGAAGAUCUGUGAAGACUCCUCAGAGCUCCUGGACAGCGAGGCCCUUAACAGGCCCCUCAACAUCAUGAUCCCCAAGUUCUUGCAGUUCUUCAAACACUGUAGCCCUAAGAUAAGAUCUCAUGCCAUUGCCUGCGUGAAUCAGUUUAUCAUCAGUCGGGCUCAAGCUCUCAUGGACAACAUUGACACUUUUAUUGAGAGCCUGUUUGCACUGGCUGCUGAUGAAGACUCCGAGGUCAGGAAGAACGUGUGCCGUGCCUUGGUUAUGCUGCUGGAAGUUCGGAUUGACAGACUGAUCCCCCACAUGCACAGCAUUAUACAGUACAUGCUACAGCGAACUCAAGACCCGGAUGAGAACGUGGCGCUGGAGGCCUGCGAGUUCUGGCUCACCCUGGCAGAGCAGCCCAUUUGCAAGGAGGCCCUGUCCAGUCACCUAGUCCAACUCAUUCCCAUUCUGGUGAAUGGUAUGAAGUACUCAGAGAUUGACAUCAUCUUGUUGAAGGGUGACGUGGAGGAGGACGAGACGGUGCCCGACAGCGAACAGGACAUCAAGCCACGUUUCCACAAGUCGCGCACUGUCACUCUGCAACAUGAAGGUGGUGACGGCGAAGAGGGCGAGGACAUUGAUGAGGAGGAGGAUGAUGACGAUGACACACUGUCUGACUGGAAUCUCCGGAAGUGCUCGGCGGCAGCUUUGGAUGUCCUGGCCAACGUAUUCCGUGACGAGUUGCUCCCUCACCUCCUCCUCCUGCUGAAGGGUCUCCUCUUCCACCCUGACUGGGUCAUCAAGGAGUCUGGCAUCCUGGUGCUGGGAGCCAUCGCUGAAGGUUGCAUGCAGGGCAUGGUGCCCUACUUGCCAGAGCUCAUCCCCCACCUUAUCCAGUGCCUGUGUGAUAAGAAAGCCCUGGUGCGUUCCAUCGCCUGCUGGACACUCAGCCGCUAUGCUCACUGGGUAGUCAGCCAGCCGCCCGACUCAUACCUCAAGCCCCUCAUGACGGAGCUGCUUAAGCGGAUCCUUGACAGCAACAAGAGGGUGCAGGAGGCUGCCUGCAGUGCAUUUGCCACCCUGGAGGAGGAAGCCUGCACAGAGCUGGUACCCUAUCUGAGCUUUAUUUUGGACACGCUGGUCUUCGCCUUCGGCAAAUACCAACACAAGAACCUGCUUAUCCUGUAUGAUGCUAUUGGCACACUGGCCGACUCUGUGGGCCACCACCUCAACCAGCCGGAGUACAUUCAGAAGCUGAUGCCUCCACUCAUUCAGAAGUGGAAUGAGCUCAAGGAUGAAGACAAGGACUUGUUCCCUUUGCUGGAGUGUUUGUCAUCAGUGGCAACAGCCCUACAGAGUGGAUUCCUGCCCUACUGUGAGCCUGUGUACCAGCGCUGCGUCACCCUGGUGCAAAAGACCCUCGCCCAGGCCAUGAUGUACAUGCAGCACCCGGACCAGUAUGAGGCUCCUGACAAAGACUUCAUGAUUGUGGCACUUGACCUGCUAAGUGGCCUAGCUGAGGGGUUGGGGGGCCAUGUAGAGCAGUUGGUGGCCCGCAGCAACAUCAUGACCCUGCUCUUCCAGUGCAUGCAGGACACAAUGCCAGAGGUCAGGCAGAGCUCAUUCGCCCUGCUGGGAGACUUGACCAAGGCCUGCUUCCCUCAUGUCAAGCCGUGCAUUGCGGAAUUCAUGCCAAUUCUGGGCACCAACCUGAACCCAGAGUUCAUCUCCGUGUGCAACAAUGCUACCUGGGCCAUAGGAGAGAUCUGUAUGCAGAUGGGUGCUGAAAUGCAGCCCUAUGUUGGCCUGGUCCUCAACAACCUGGUGGAGAUCAUUAACAGGCCCAACACUCCCAAGACUUUACUGGAAAACACUGCCAUCACGAUUGGCCGGUUGGGCUAUGUGUGUCCGCAGGAAGUGGCGCCCAUGCUGCAGCAGUUCAUCCGACCCUGGUGCACAUCAUUAAGGAAUAUCCGAGACAACGAGGAGAAAGACUCCGCCUUCCGGGGAAUCUGCAUGAUGAUUGGUGUGAAUCCUGGUGGAGUUGUUCAGGACUUCAUAUUCUUCUGCGAUGCUGUGGCAUCCUGGGUCAGUCCUAAGGAUGACCUCAGAGAUAUGUUCUACAAGAUUCUUCAUGGCUUCAAGGAUCAGGUGGGCGAGGAGAACUGGCAGCAGUUCUCAGAGCAGUUCCCCCCAUUGCUGAAGGAGAGACUGUCUGCCUGUUAUGGCGUGUAGCCUGCCGGGCUCCCGUGGUGCCGACACAGUACCAAGGUGUCAGGUAUAUCUAAGGGAGGGUUACUGGGAACUCAUCCAUCUCUAUGUAUUGCACUGCCCUGAUCGUGGGGGAGCGGACACCACUGACCAGCUCCUCCGGACAGACCCCACGCCCCGUGUGUCUGUGAGGGUGGGAGGGAGGGUUGGGAGGGAUCAAUGCUCAGUAAACAAAAAAACAAAAAAAAAAAAAAAAACACAAAACAAAAAUCCAACGCAGUAAAAUGAACCAUGACAGGAACAGAGAGGGGAGGCAAAGGGAGCAGGCAAGGUGGCUCAAGAAACAUUUUCACCCAUCAGCCAGUUUAUUUUCAAAAGGACAGGAAAAACAAGGAGCAGAAAUCUGUGUUGGGUGGGAGGAAGGGCGGGAGGAAGGGACAGUUGCUGUAGCUGAUUGGCGCACGGCUACAGGCCUCCCAAUAUGCGCCUGUAGGCAUUGGUGUGUGUAUAUGGGUGUGCAGGCAGCACCUCUUGUUGCACGACACGCAAACACGCUUCCAACUAGCUGUGGGUGAGACCCUAUGAAGCGUCAAAACAUUUGGCCUCACCCCUGAAAUUGUGCGUGACAUGCUGGUUUAACAGCAGAAUAUGCGGUUCACAAAUCAUUGCAGUAGGGGGAGGAAAAUAUAUAUGAAAUAGUUCAUAGUCAGGAAUAGUGCAGUCUACUUUUCCUUUUUCAGUAUGUAGAUUUUGCUUUGUUUUUCCUCUUGUGUUCUCAGGAAUGUUCCUGAUGUUUUGUUAAUGGGAAACAAUAUGAAAUUUAUUUCCCCAAAAGCAGGUAGGCUUAAUUCUUCCCGAGAUUCUAACUUAAGCUUUUCUUAAUUCAAGGGGAUGAACGAGAGAAUUGAGAUUGCAUGGGGAUCACAUCUUUAGUUGUGCGAGUGAGUGAGUGGAGUAGCAUAUGUGUGUGCGGAGGUGUGUGUGGUAGCUUGUUCGAAGCAUUGUUUUACGGUACCUAGUGAAAACAACAGAUUUUCUCUAAAUCUGUGACUGAUCUAGCAUUGGUUUUUUUUUUUUUUUGGAGCUUUCUUCCUUAGUAAAAUUCAUUGUUGCCAUAUUGGGGAAACAAGGUUAUGUUCAUCUGAUCAGAAUGAAAUUACCCUGUGACAAAAGAGGCUUAAUGCUGUUGUACAAGGUGAUCUGUUUGCUGCUAAUGCUUUGUUUUUAUAAUUUGACUCAAAAUCGCACAUCUAAGGGUAGUAAAAAGGAAAAAAAAUUUAAUCUUAUCAUGCACUUUUUUGAUAGGGAAUUAAAAAUUUGAAAAAUACAUACUCUUUAUCCUGCAGGCAUCUACAUUAUAUCUCUUUCCAUUGUUAGCCAACGAAUAAACUGUACUCUGUACUGGCCACAUGAGAACAUGUUUUGUUGCUGAAUUGAUGGCAACCUAAACUGGACGCCGUUUGGUAGAGAAUGUAGGAUGUUCUGAGUAUAUAUCAUGUAUCAUUUCCUGACACUUGCUCCCUAGAAAUUUUAAACUAAUAUGACUAAGGAAUAGGAAGUGUCAACUUUCUAAAAAUCCAUAGUGAUAAAAUAAAUAACGUGCCCUGCCUUGUGUAUUCAUACAUAUUAGGUGAACAUGUAUACUGUUCUAACUUAGCAUAACUCCAUUUUUUUUUUUUUUUUUGAUUUUAAAGAAUGACUUGUUUCCCCCAUCAUAUGUGUGAUGAAGCAAACCUUUUGCAUUGCUGUGUAGCUAUAACAAAAAAAAAAAAAAAAAAAAAAGUCAGCUCCAAGGCACCCAAUAAGAAGAUGCGUUUAAACUGUAGGCUAUAAUCUGGGGUGUGGCUAACAUGAGUCUCUGUUUGGAGGCAUUUUUAUUUUCUUCCCUAAUUGGAUAAUUGUUAAUGUUUCAAAUAAAAUGUUAGAGGUUGUUGUGCUUCAUGAGCGUCCGCGGAUCGCAGGUGACUGCAGACGUCGAGUGGCCUUCCCCCUUUCAGCGGGACCUUCAGUAUCAACAGUUGCACGUCAGUUUUACUGCCAGUUUCUACAUGCCUGUACAAUUUUGAAAAUGCAUUUCUUCGUAAUGACAAAAACUGAAGGUAUUUUCUAAACCAACCUUUAGUUUUGCAAACACUGCUAGUUACUGUUCUGUAUUAAACAGGUGGACAGUAGUAAGGAAUCGGAGGCCAGAGAUGGGUGUUUUUGGCGUGAUUGUAUUUAAUGUCUGAGGAAUUGGGCAUUGCUGGCAAGUUUUUAAUAAAAUGCAAAAACGUGAAAAUUUGCCUUGACAAUUUGCUAUUGAAUCACACUAGUAAAAGCCGGUUUUUUGGUAGUUUUUGCCAUUUUCACUUGAAAUGAUCAAAGGACGGCAUGAUGUGUGGUGCGUUAUUAGUAAACUGAUGAGCAAAUGUUCACGAGUGAAGGUUGCCUGCUGAUUGGCCGCUGACUGAGCGAGUGGGACGCAUUUGCACACAUAUUUGGUCCACGACCUCAGCACGGCGAUUCCGUACAUGACUGUGAUCAUAGUUAAUAGUAACGAAUCAGUCUCCACCUAUGGGCAAUCUCUAUUCUCCAGUAUUACUGUUUUCA